GGGGCCUGCGGCUGGGAGCGCGGGAAGUCCGGAUCCCGGCCAGCGGCGGCCUGAGCAUGAGCGCUGAGCGCGAACUUCGCCAGCUGAGCAAGGCCAAGGCCAAGGCCCAGAGGAGCGGGCAGCUGCGGGAGGAGGCCGCCGCCUGCCACCAGCUGGGGGAGCUCCUGGCCAGCAGCGGCCGCUACGCAGAGGCCCUGCGGGAGCACCAGCACGAGCUGCAGCUCCUGGAGAGCGUGGACGACGCCCUGGGCUGUGCCGUGGCCCACCGCAAGAUCGGAGAGCGGCUGGCUGAGCUGGAGGAUUACUCUGCUGCCUUGAAGCACCAGCAUCGCUACUUGGAGCUGGCCUGUUCUCUGUCUAAUCACACUGAGCAGCAGAGGGCCUGGGCCACAAUCGGCCGCACCUACCUGGACAUCUAUGACCACUGCCAGUCAAAGGACACCUUGCUGCAGGCGCAGGCUGCCUUUGAGAAGAGCUUGGCUAUUGUGGACGAGAAGCUGCAGGGUACAUUGGCCAAGCGAGAGCUGAAUGAGAUGAGGACCCGACUCUACCUCAACCUGGGCCUCACUUUCGAAAGCCUGCAGCAGAUGGCCCCAUGCAACGACUACUUCCGGAAGAGCAUCUUCCUCGCCGAGCAGAACCACCUCCAUGAGGACCUGUUCCGUGCCCGCUACAACCUGGGUGCCAUCCACUGGCGCAAAGGGCAGCACUCCCAAGCCAUGCGCUGCCUGGAGGGGGCCCGAGAGUGUGCACGCGUCCUGAGGAAGGAGCUCAUGGAGAGCGAGUGCUGUGUGCUCGUCUCACAGAUUCUCCAAGACCUGGGGGAUUUUUUGGCUGCCAAGAGAGCCUUGAAGAAAGCCUACAGGCUGGGCUUCCAGAAGCCUUUGCAGAAGGCAGCUGUCUGCCGGACCCUCAAAUAUGUGCUGGCUGUGGUCCAGCUGCAGCGGCAGCUGCAGGAGUCCGAGGGCAGUGACCCUCAGGGUGCCAUGGCCAUCUGCGAGCAGCUGGGGGACCUGUUCUCCAAGGCGGGCGACUUCCCCAAGGCGGCUGAGGCCUACCAGAAGCAGCUGCAUUUCGCGGAGCUGCUGGGCAGGCCAGGGCCUGAGCUGGCCAUCAUCCACGUGUCCCUGGCCACCACCUUGGGAGACAUGAAGGACCACCGCCGGGCUGUGUCCCACUACGAACAGGAGCUGAGGCUGCGUGGUGGCGACGCUCUGGAGGAGGCCAAGACCUGGCUAAACAUCGCGCUGUCCCGAGAGGAGGCCGGGGACGCCUAUGAGCUGCUGGCACCAUGCUUCCAAAAGGCUCUUGGCUGUGCCCAGCAGGCCCAGCAGCCCCGGCUGCAGAGGCAGGUCUUGCGGCACCUCCACACCGUGCAGCUGAGGCUGCAGCCCCAGGAGGCCCCCACCACUGCAGCCAGACUGCAGGAGCUGAGCGUGCCCGGAGACGAGGAGGAAGAUGAGGAGGAAGAGAAGGAGGGCGACAGUGACACUCCCGAGGCCAGCGAUGUGGAGCUCUCCGAGAGUGAGGGCGAUGCUGACGGCUUGUCCCAGCAGCCAGAGGAGGAUGAGGAGCUGCAGGGCUGCCUGGGCCAGCGGAGGGCGAGCAAGGUGAGGAUGGUGCGGGGCAUCGCAUGGCCCUCCUGUGGUUGCCAGGCCUGCCUGGUCCCCUCACACCUCUGCCCCCUGUCCCGGGGCAACUGCCCACAGUGGAACCGGCGCAAUGACGUUGGGGAGACUCUCCUGCACCGAGCUUGCAUCGAGGGCCGUCUGGCUCGCGUCCAGGACCUCGUGAGACAGGGCCACCCUCUGAACCCUCGGGACUACUGUGGCUGGACACCCCUGCAUGAGGCCUGCAACUAUGGGCACCUGGACAUCGUCCGCUUCCUGCUGGACCACGGGGCUGUGGUGGACGACCCAGGCGGCGAGGGCUGUGAGGGCAUCACUCCCCUGCACGACGCCCUCACCUGCGGUCACUUUGAGGUGGCCGAGCUGCUCAUUGGACGGGGGGCAUCUGUGACCCUCCGAACCUCGAAGGGGCACAGCCCACUGGAGACUCUGCAGCAGUGGGUGAAGCUGUAUGGCCGGGAUCUGGACAGCGAGACCCGAGAGAAGGCUGGAGCCAUGGAGAGGCUGCUCCGGGCGGCAGCGGCAGGCCAAGCUCCCCACGGUCUUCCACGCAGCCAUCUGUUUGACCCUGAGAUCUCGCCUCCCUUGAGCCCCUGCCCAGGGUCCCCGGAGCCCCCGGGGGCCCGGCCUUGGAGGAACAGGCACACGCUGGCCAGCAGCAGCAGCUCAGAGGGCGAGGACGGCCCAGCCCGGCCCACCCCGAAGCGGCCGCGGCACUCUGUCCCCGCACAGCAGGUGGCCCGGAGGCCUGGCUCCAGCAGCAGCCGGGACACCGCGGCGGAGGUCGGCCCUCGGGGCCUGGGUGAGCCCGACCCCCACCGGGCGGCACUCAUCCCCGAGGAGGACUGGCUGGCAGGCGACUGGCUGGAGGACGACUCGCCGUUGACCCACAGCCACCAGGAUGGCCCCGUGCCCCGCCCCCAGGGCACCAGCCGCGGCGCCCCCGGGUCAGGCAGCAGGAGCCCAGGCAGGCCACGGCCCCGGGCCAGGACCAGGCAGAGCCGGCUGCCCCAUCUCACGAGCUGGAACGCACCGAUCGGGGCGCGGGGAGAGGGCGGCGCAGCGGCAGAGCCUCCGCGGAGCCCCAACACGUCCCGGGCCUCGGGGCCUGGUGGGGACAGCCCUGCGGCAGGGCAGCCCUCGGGUCCGCCUGUGCCCCCUCCCAUCCGGGUGCGAGUGCGAGUGCAGGACAGCCUCUUCCUCGUUCCCGUCCCGCACAGCAAGGAGGCCCACUCCGUGGCCUGGCUUGCGGAGCAGGCCGCCCGGCGCUACUGCCAAGCCUGUGGGCUGCUGCCGAGGCUCCUCUUGCGAAAGGAGGGAGCCCUGCUGGCCCCACAGGACCCCAUUCCUGACGUCCUGCAGAGCAACGAGGAGGUGUUGGCCGAGGUCACGUCGUGGGAUCUUCCCCCGCUGACCGACCGCUACCGCAGGGCCUGCCAGAGCCUGGAGGAAGAGGAGCACCAGCAGGUGCUGCAGGCCAUGGGCUGCCAGGGCUCCGGCCCCUCGUUCAGCGCCUGCUCCCUGGCCCUGCGCCAGACCCAGCUCACCCCCCUCCUGCGCGCCCUCAAGCUGCACACGGCGCUCCGAGAGCUGCGCCUGGCAGGGAACCGGCUGGCAGACGGAUGUGCUGCUGAGCUGCUGGCCGCCCUGGGCACCCUGCCCGGCCUCGUCCUCCUUGACCUCUCUUCCAACCACCUGGGCCCUGAGGGUCUACGCCAGCUGGCCACGGGCCUCCGGGAGCAGACCGCCUUGCAGAACCUGCAGGAGCUGGACUUGAGCAUGAACCCCCUCGGGGAUGGCUGUGGCCAGGCCCUGGCGUUUGUCCUGCAGGCCUGCCCCUCACUCAGUACCUUGCACCUCCAGGCCUGUGGCUUGGGCCCCGGCUUCCUCCUGAGCCACCAGGCAGCCCUGGGUAGCGCCUUCCAAGAUGCCACGCACCUGAAGACGCUGUCUCUGUCCUACAACAUCCUGGGCACCACUGCCCUGGCCCGGGCCCUGCAGAGCCUGCCUGCCCGCACCCUCCAGCGCCUGGAGCUUAGCUCCGUGGCAGCCAGCAAGAGCGACUCUGGCCUCGUGGAGCCUGUGGUCAGAUACCUGACCGAGGAAGGCUGUGCUCUCUCUCACUUGAGUCUGUCUGCAAACCAUCUGGGUGACAAGGCCGUGAAAGACCUGAGCAGAUGCCUUCCUUGUUGCCCCUCACUCAUUUCCCUGGACCUGUCUGCCAACCCUGAAAUUACACGUGUGGGCCUGGAGGAGCUCCUGUCUGCCCUCCAGAUGCGGCCCCAAGGCCUCGGCUUCCUUGGCCUGUCAGGCUGUGCCGUCCAGGGCCCGCUGGGCCAGCGCCUGUGGCACCAGGUCGCCGCGCGGGUGCAGGAGCUGCAGCUGUGCAGCCGCCGCCUCGCCCCCGAGGACCGCACUGCGCUGAGCCUGCUGGCCGGCCCGCCGAUCCCCGGCGCCUGCACGCUGGACCGAGGCUCCCGGCUCUUCUUCCGGCGCCUGUGACCGCCCCGCCCCAAUAAACGGACGCCGCCGCCGCCGCCGCCGCCGCCGCCAAUGCCUCUGAAAGGCGGAGGGAGGCCGGGGGCCCGCUGUGGUGCAGGGCUGGGUCCGCG